GGGGACGGGGUUGGGCGGGACCGGGAAGCGAGGCGGAGGUGUGGGGCUCGGUCUCCUCCUGCGGCUACUUAAGCGGUUCGUGGACACUGCUUUCCGUUUCCUUUCCUCUCCCCUGUCUUGUCAGUGAGAUUUCCUUGAUCCUUGUUAUUACAGAACAACACUGGAUUGUGUGGUCCCUCCACCCUUACCUCUAUUUCAUGGCAGUGGGAGACACUCUGACUGAAGGGCUUGGGAGAGUUUUUGGUCAGAAGUCACAAGCAGUAGGGCUUUACCUCCUUUUGGCAACUUUGUGUCCUGAUGCACAGUUGGCUCUCCAUAUCUGGCUAAAGCCAUUUUUUCGGUUGUCUUGGGCAGAAAAGUGAAAAGAAAAUGCUCCACUUUAACCGAUGUCAGCAUCUGAAAAAGAUAACACAAAAAUGUUUUUCUAGAAUACAUGUUAAAACGGAUAAACAUGCACAUCGAUUUCUUUCAAGAACCUUUGCACUUGCGGAAUUAAGGAAGUCAUGGUAUUCAACUCACUCUCUUGUUGGAGACAAAAAUAUUAUCCUAAUGGGACCUCCUGGUGCUGGGAAAACAACAGUAGGCAGAAUAAUAGGUCAUAAACUAGGUUGUUGUGUCAUAGAUGUGGAUGAUGAUAUCCUUGAAAAAACCUGGAAUAUGAGUGUUUCUGAAAAAUUACAGGAUGUUGGUAAUGAGCAAUUUUUAGAAGAGGAAGGAAAAGCUGUGUUAAACUUCUCUGCAUCUGGAAGUGUGAUUUCCCUUACUGGGUCCAAUCCAAUGCAUGAUGCUAGCAUGUGGCAUCUGAAGAAAAAUGGGAUAAUUGUAUACCUGGAUGUACCUCUAAUAGAUAUAAUUCAUCGUCUAGAAUUAAUGAAGAUAGGUAGGAUUGUAGGUCAGAAUUCUGGAACAUCUAUGAAAGACUUACUUAAAUUUAGAAGACAAUAUUAUAAGAAAUGGUAUGAUGCUCGUGUUGUCUGUGAAAGUGGGGCUUCCCCAGAGGAGGUAGCUGACAAAGUGCUCAAUGCAAUUAAAAGAUACCAAGAUGUGGACUCAGAAACAUUCAUUUCAACAAGACACGUUUGGCCUAAAGACUGUGAACAGAAGGUUUCAGCAAAAUUCUUCAGUGAAGCUGUGAUUGAGGGGUUGGCUUCGGAUGGUGGACUCUUUGUUCCUGCGAAGGAGUUUCCAAAAUUAAGCUGUGGGGAGUGGAAAAGUCUAGUAGGAGCAACCUACAUAGAAAGAGCACAGAUACUGUUGGAAAGGUGUAUCCAUCCUGCAGACAUACCUGCUGCCAGGUUGGGAGAAAUGAUUGAAACUGCUUAUGGGGAAAACUUUGCCUGCUCAAAAAUUGCUCCUGUCAGGCACCUUUCAGGCAACCAGUUCAUCCUGGAGUUGUUUCAUGGACCAACCGGAUCAUUUAAAGAUUUGUCUUUACAGCUUAUGCCUCAUAUUUUUGCGCACUGUAUCCCUUCAAGUUGCAAUUAUAUGAUACUUGUAGCUACUUCAGGAGACACAGGGAGUGCAGUCUUAAAUGGUUUUAGUCGUCUUAAUAAGAAUAAGCAAAGGAUAGCUGUGGUCACAUUUUUUCCUGAGAAUGGAGUAAGUGAUUUUCAAAAAGCACAAAUAAUCAACAGUCAGAGAGAAAAUGGAUGGGCAGUAGGUGUUGAGUCAGAUUUUGAUUUUUGCCAGACAGCUAUAAAAAGAAUUUUUAACGAUUCUGAUUAUACUGGCUUUCUUACUGUGGAAUAUGGAACAAUCUUAAGUUCAGCUAAUUCCAUAAACUGGGGCCGACUCCUUCCGCAGGUAGUUUAUCAUGCUUCUGCAUAUCUUGACCUUGUCAGUCAAGGAUUUAUUUCUUUCGGAAGCCCAGUCGAUGUCUGUGUUCCCACAGGAAACUUUGGCAACAUAUUAGCAGCAGUGUAUGCCAAAAUGAUGGGAAUCCCGAUUCGGAAAUUUAUCUGUGCCUCUAAUCAGAACCGUGUUUUGACUGAUUUUAUAAAAACAGGACAUUAUGAUCUAAGAGAAAGAAAAUUGGCACAGACCUUUUCACCAUCAAUAGAUAUUCUCAAAUCUUCAAACCUAGAACGACAUUUAUACUUGAUGGCUAAUAAAGAUGGACAACUAAUGACAAAAUUAUUUUAUCAAUUAGAAAAUCAGCAUCACUUCCAGUUAGAAAAGGUUCUAGUUGAGAAAAUUCAGCAAGAUUUUGUAGCUGACUGGUGCUCGGAGGGAGAGUGCCUAGCAGCUAUUAACUCCACCUAUAAUAGUUCAGGGUAUAUUUUGGAUCCACACACUGCUGUUGCAAAAGUGGUUGCAGACAGGGUGCAAGACAAAACUUGCCCAGUGAUUAUCUCAUCUACAGCUCAUUACUCAAAGUUUGCACCUGCUAUCAUGCAGGCUUUAAAGAUUAAAGAAAUCAAUGAGACUUCAUCAAGUCAGCUCUAUUUACUGGGUUCAUACAAUGCAUUACCUCCACUUCAUGAGGCUUUAUUAGAGAGAACAAAACAGCAAGAGAAGAUGGAGUACCAGGUUUGUGCAGCUGAUGUGAAUAUCUUGAAGAGUCAUGUAGAGAAACUUAUCCAAAAUCAAUUCAUGUAAAAGUUUCCUGAGUAAAAAUUUUUUUUUUCUGGCUACAAGCAUGCAAUAAUAAAUCUCAAACGCUGAUUUGGAGUACA